ACUCUACAAUUGGGGAGAAAGGCGGACAAGACAUUUUUAGGGGCUGGGCACAUGUAACAUUAAAGUGGUGUGUAUUAUUCUCGACAUUGAACAUUCCCAAUGCACCCAUAGUGAAUCCUUCGUGACGUGUUAUCUCUGAAGCGUUUCUAAUUCAAACAAUACCAGCCUGGUAUCUCUCUAGUCCGACUGUGAGUGGACAUCCGCCCCGGUCGACUUUCAUCACCAAAAUCCAACGGAGGAUGCUCAAAUUAGUGAAUGACAGGCCCAUUACGGACUUGUGUGUCGCCAUUUGGCCUACUAACUGUCUCAUGGCCUCACGUUCCUCUUCACGCCACUCAGACCCAAGAGACGACUGAGCUGCCUAUGGAGCUCGCUGACUGGCUAGAUGCAUACAUACAUACUAGCGAGCUAGAUAGACAUAGAUAGACAGAUAGAUAGAGGUUUGCGGAGCAUUUACACAACUUAUGCAGACUGACUGACGCGCUCGUGUUUCCUCUUUCACGUUAGCUCCCCGCAAACACUUAAACAUUAGCCCCCCAUGGGUUAAAUGGAUAGGAAGACAAGUUGCAUAAUCACCCGAUUUCUCGGUUAUCCCGCUUAUCUUUGAUAGUGUAAGACGGAAUCGGAGUCGGAUUGGAGUGUCUCAGAGCUGUCCUCGUUCCUGUCUUGGCCUUUGAUUGCCUAAUUACCGAAGGGUGGUCACGAUGCAUCCGGGAUAUGUGGACACGUCUAAAUCAAAUUCGGGCCCUCUGCCGCCCGAGGCUGAUCCCAAUUUUAAUCCCUUUCUGGCUUAUGUGUCGGCGGGGUUCAGUUUUUUCCUGGUUGUGAAUAUCAUCACCAAAUGUUUUGUGCCUGAAUCGGUGGAAUUGGCUGGACCCCGAUCCGUGUGGAAAUGGCAGAACAUCCUGACCUCUUUCAUUCAUUCGGGCUUGACGGGGUGUUUGGCGCCCUUGGGAUUCUAUUUGGAUCCGAAUAUGUGCAACGACAUGAUUGACGCCUUCAAUUCCUUUACUCACAUUCUGAUCUCAUUCAGCAUCGGUUAUUUUGUCUUCGACUUUAUGGACAUGUACUUGUACAACAAGAAGAAGAGCACCUACGAGCUGUUGUUCCACCAUUUCUGUGUCAUCAGUUGCUUCGGCGUGGCUGCAUACACCAAACAUUAUCUACCUUACGCUUCCUUGGCAUUGGUGGUGGAGAUCAAUUCGAUUUUUUUGCAUUUACGUCAGCUUUUCAUAAUCCAAGGGGUUGAUCGUCAAUCCAAACGCUAUCGAUUUGCCGCCUUGGCUAAUGUCAUCACUUUCGUUUUGUUCAGAAUCCUUCUUUUGGGAUGGAUGACGCGGUGGAUCACCAUGAAUCGGGAUAACGUCCCACUGGUAUUCUUCACCAUGGGAAGCUUUGGCUUGGCCGUGAUCACGGCCAUGAACGCCAUUCUCUUCUACCGGAUCCUCAAAAGUGACUACUUAAGCUCGGGCACGAAGUCAACGCCCAUCAGUCCGAAGAAACCACUCCGUCCUGAAGAAGGGGAUGCCCCUAAAUAUGUCUCCAAAGACGUGAACAAGAUCAUGCAUAAGAUCUUUGACGAAGAUAGCGAAAGCGGAACUGACGAGCGUAUUUGGCGGUUGGCUGCCAAACACUCCAAAAUGACUUCCAGGGACAAAAAGGAGGACUAAGACUGAAAGCCAAACCCGUUCCACAAGUGGAAACAUUUUGCUCCGUUAUCUUGGUGAAAGACACGGAUAUUUGCUUUCGUGUGUGAAUAUCUUAUGGAGAAAAAACACGUUCAAAAAGUAGAAUAAGUAUGCUAACUGUUCAGUUGUAACAUGUAGAAUUGAUAUCGUUCCGUGAAUCUAUAAUGAAAAGAAAGUGAACAUAAAUUCCAGUGAUCACACUAUUGAA